AUUGCGAUUUAAUUUUGAACUUUCAAGCUAAGAACGACAAAACCACGUGCACCAUGGCCCUUAGAUUAAAAGACUCCAUCGAAAUUUUGGUUGAAAAAACUUCAUUGUAUGAGAGGCCUGAACACGAAAUAUUUAGAAAGGAUUCGGCCGAUAUCACCCGGAAAAUAAUUCAGUGUCUUCAUGAAACAAAUUCCACUUUCUUGCCGGAAUUCGAGGACUUGAAUACAACAUGUUUAUUCUGGAACCACCCAUUUCCUCCCUUUCGCCUACCAAUUCUGUGGAUAAAAAUGCCAUUUGAAAUCGAUUCGGAUCGUGUGAUUGGCAAACUGAAGCUGAAGACUGACAUUCGCCACCCGGCUGUCGACGAUGGCCAUCUUGACGGGGAGAUCUUGAGCUUGAUGUUUGCCCUGGACAUGAAUGGGACUACUGCGAAAAUGCUACAUUUUACUUGCACUAGUGGAAAUAGAUACAAAUUGUCUUCUGAAAUGUCUCCGCUCGGUAAUCGGAUAUUUUAUACCAUCUACGCCAAUCUAUAUGGCGAAAAUGGUAUUUUCAAGGAAGCUCCCAUAUAUUAUCAUUUCAUUUUGGGAUAUAAGUUCCGCAAUGAUACAAAUUGGUAUUCUUAUACGUCUGAGGGUUUUGUCAAAUUCGAGCGACCAGUGGAUAUAUCAAAAAAUCAUAGGCUGGCACGAAUGCUGUCCGUUCUGAGCAAAUUGCUCUUGAAUUUGCACGUGUAUCCGCCCGUAGCAGUCCAAGUGUCACAGCAGGUUAUGUGUUUCUCAAUUGAAUUUAGUGAGAUUUUGAUGGAGGCCAUCAGGCUAUGCGUUCCUUAUGCCAAAAAUCCACGAAAUUUAUCUGCUGUCCACGUGAAGUUGUUAAACUGGAAGAAGGAUGAUGCUGUUAUUCUUUCCGAACUAUUAGCUCUAUUUUCUAUUACAUAGAUAGAUAGAAACCACAAAUUGGAGACUAUAUUCUUACUAGUUCUUCCUAAUAUACAAAUUUUUUUCAUCAUCAUUUCAAAUCUCUUUACUCACCAAUUUCAAUAUAAACGAUAUUGCACCAUA